AUGGAUCUCCUACAGUUCGCACCCGCCCACCUUCUGGCGCUACUGCUCAGCAGUACCAGCGCACUGUUCAUAGUCACAUAUCUCUUCCGUGCAGGACAUAGACCCUCGGAUCUCCCCGAUGGUCCUCCAACUGUCCCACUUUUUGGAAACGAACUGCAGGUGCCAAAGACGGAUGCACAUUUCCAGUUUUCCAAAUGGGCGAAGCAAUAUGGCGGGCUUUUCACGCUGAAGCGAUACAACAACACCACGAUAGUCAUCAGUGACCGGAAAUUGAUCAAAUCACUGGUUGAGAAAAAAAGCAACAUAUACUCCCACCGCCCGGCCUCGCUUGUAUCACACAUGAUCACGCGGAGCGACCAUCUUCUGGUCAUGCAGUACGGGGAGCGAUGGCGCAUGCUGCGGAAAACCAUCCAUCAAUUCUUCAUGGAACCCCGCUGUGAGCGCGACCACUGGAAGCUUCAAGAGGCGGAGGCGAAACAGAUGCUGCAUGACUUUCUGACCAUGCCAGAGGAUCACAUGUUGCACCCGAAGCGUUACAGUAACAGUAUCACCAACUCGCUUGUCUUUGGUAUUCGUACUAAGACUGUUCACGAUGAGUACAUGAAGAAGCUCUUCUAUCUGAUGGAUAAAUGGUCGUUGGUACUGGAGCUUGGCGCCACCCCGCCCGUGGACUCGUUCGCUCUGCUACGCUAUGUGCCACAGUGGCUGUUGGGCAAUUGGCGUAAUCGGGCCACUGAGGUUGGUGACCUAAUGCAGUCACUUUACCAGAUCAUGGUAGACCGAGUGCAGGAGCGCCGUCAGCGCGGUGUUCAGCGUGACUCUUUCAUGGAUAGAGUUCUAGAUACACAGAAACAGACCCCGCUCACAGAUAAUGAAAUACGGUUCCUAGGGGGAGUUCUGAUGGAAGGAGGCUCGGAUACCUCAUCCUCGCUUAUCUUGACCAUGAUCCAAGCCAUGACCAAGUAUCCAGAGGUGCAAGCAAAGGCCCAUGCACAGAUCGACUCCGUUGUCGGCAACGACCGCUCGCCGGCUUGGUCUGACUGGUCCAAGCUGCCCUAUAUCAACAUGAUGAUUAAAGAAUCCCACCGGUGGCGUCCAGUCAGCCCCUUGGGCGUUACACAUGCCGUCGCCGAAGAUGACCACGUUGAUGGCAAACGAAUUCCGCAAGGAUCGAGUAUCGUUUUCAACGUGUGGGGUAUGCACCACGACAGCACACGUUGGGAGGAACCUGAGCAUUAUCAGCCUGAGCGCUUCGCGGAUUUCCCAGCCUUGGCCUCGGCCUACGCAGCGUCUGAACAGCGAGAUCACUUUGGUUACGGGGCGGGCCGACGCAUCUGCCCAGGCAUCCACCUGGCGGAGCGCAAUUUGAUUAUUGGCAUUGCCAAGCUACUCUGGGCCUUUGAGUUUGUCGAGCCCCCAGGCAGCGACAAUGACAUUUCAGCGCAUUCCGGCGCUAGUAAGGGUUUCCUUCAUUGUCCUAAGGACUAUGGAUGUGCCAUUCGUCUCCGAUCUCCGGAGAAAAGGGAGACUAUUAUGCGAGAAUUUGCCGAGGCACAGGAGGUCUUCGCUCAAUAUGAUUAG